AUGGAUGCUUCACUAGCUGGACGACGAAUUUCACCAUCUCAUGGUCGGGGUCGUGCUUCCACACUUCCUACUUUGUCAGCUCGUUCACGAAUACCAUCACCAUUUGUUGGAGCUAGACCACAAAUCAGAGUAUGUGUACGUAAACGUCCACUCAGCAAGAAAGAGCUCUUAAGAAAUGAAAAAGACAUUGCUACUGUGAAUGGUCCAAGGACUAUUCUUAUAAAUGAGCCAAAAACAAAAGUCGAUUUAACCAAGUACGUUGAACAACACGCAUUCGUUUUUGAUGAUGUGUUUGAUUAUGAGGCAAAUAACGAAGAGGUGUAUAAACGAACUGCUUUACCGCUGGUAGAAUACAUUUUCCGAGGGGGGAAAGCUACGUGUUUUGCAUAUGGACAAACAGGAAGUGGAAAAACAUAUACUAUGCUUGACGACAAACAGGGUCUUUAUGUUUUGGCGGCCCGUGAUAUAUUUAAUUUAUUACAGCGACCGGAGUUUAAUCACCUAGCGGCAUACAUAGGAUUUUAUGAAAUUUAUCAAGGACAACUAUAUGACCUUUUGAAUCAACGAAAAAAACUAUUCGCUCGUGAGGAUGGAAAAAAAAAUGUUAUAAUUGCGGGUCUUCAAGAAUAUUCUAUUGAUAAUGUAGAUGCUCUUAUGCAAGUUUUUGACUACGGAAAUACGGUUCGAAGUACAGGAACUACAGGAGCAAACGCAGAUUCUUCUAGGUCACAUGCAAUCUUGCAAAUAGUACUAAAACAUAAGAAAAACAGAAAAAAGUUUCAUGGCAAGCUGAGUUUUAUCGACUUAGCGGGCAGCGAACGCGGUGCCGAUCGAGGAGAUGCAGAUAAACAGACGAGGCACGCUUUAUAUUACGUUGAGAUGGAAGGUGCUGAAAUUAAUAAAAGUUUAUUGGCGCUGAAAGAAUGUAUUCGUGCAUUAGAUCAGGAUAAAAGGCACACACCCUUCCGUCAAAGUAAACUUACGCAGGCAUGUUGUAAUAUAAACGUAUUGAAGGAUUCUUUUGUUGGGAAUUCGCGAACUUGCAUGAUUGCAACAAUAUCCCCGAAUAUUUCAAACAGUGAGCACACCCUUAAUACACUGAGAUACGCAGACAGAGUAAAAGAACUUAAAUCGGAACGAGAUCGUGCUGAUCGUGUAGCCGCUGGUCUCGAGUUAGCAGCUAACGAACUUCGUGGGUUAACUGAUGAACAACGACAGCAAUAUUAUAGUGAGGCUCAAGCAAAAUUGGAAGCAGAGGGCGAUUAUGUAAAUUAUGAAAAUUAUGGAGUGUAUGACGAUGUGGAUGAGGGUUAUGAUGAUGACGAUCAAGUGUUUGGUGACGAGGAAGUAUCUGAUUUCUUUGAAGAAGAGUUUCCCAGUGAUGAAGAUCAUGACUUGUUUGGUGAGGAAAUGCCAUCAGAUGGUAUUGAUGAUGAUGACUUUAUUAGCGAUAAUCCUGGUGCAAUUUCCAGUUCAUUCGAAAAUGACAAAGACUCAUCGGAUAUGAUGUCUACUUUGACCAUUACUGAAUCUCCAAUCUCGGGUCGAAACACAUCGACGACGAUUCCUUCUCAUAUUCAAGCAUCGUCUUCGUACUCUUCAUCACCAGAUUACAGUUCUUCGGCUAUAAAUACGUCACGGCCCUCAGAUAAUUCAUCACAUUCUAUCACACAUCAAGAAAUGGAAGAUUUUUUAAAAAGACAUCGUCAAACGCUCAGAGACGUUAGUGACACUGGUAAACAAGAAACGAAACUCUUGGCUAAUUUUACCCUAGGAAUGAACUCUAAUAGUGAUAUGGGCGGAACACAUGAGAUUACCGUUGGAGCUUUUGAACAGUAUCUUGAUGAAUUAGAUGGACUUUUAGAAUCUAAAGAACGGGUUAUCUCUGAAUUGAGACGCAAAAUAACACAGCUUUGGCGGAGAAGCUAA